AUGGCGUUGGUCUCAGUACCAGUACUGGAUUUUGGGGGGGCUAUGGGACUAUCAGCCCCCGGUGGUAGAGGAAAAGAGAAAAGAGGAAAAGCAAGCAGCAAUACAGUGUUGGGUCCCACCGUGGUGUCGCUGGGCGUGGAGGCCGACUCUGCACCGCCCAGGGACCAGAGUCUGCCCUCGCCUGCCCCUUCUCCCUAUCCGGCUGCCCAGGCGGAAACGAGGGAAGACGAGAUGCCGCCUGAGCAGAACAUCGAGCUAGAACCGAGACCGGCCAGCCAGUGCUUCCCCACCGAACUGCAGCAGCAACAACAACAGGUGUACCAGCAGUACGCCAGGGCGCCCCCUCCAGCGGCCCCCCCGCCCGUGCCGCCUCACAUGCUGGGGGCGGGCAGCUUCUCCGCCCUGCAGUACCUCAAGCAGCCGGGCGUGAUGCUGACCAGCCUCGGACCGGAGGUGAACGGCCAACUGGAUCAGUACGCGAGCAAUAUGCAGGAUCUGCGGGCUGCUGCUCUGCCUGACGUCAUACAGCAGCAGCACGUGGGGCUGAAGAAGGGCGCUACCGGGAUGAACGGCGAAUUGAGGUAUGUAUGA